UUCUUUCUUUUCCAACACUUCUUAUUCGGGUCUCGUCCGUCUACGGGUUAAACGCGUUUUACCGUGAACGAGUCGUGAGGAGGGUGUUUUAACCCUCACAUUUUUUUUUUUUAAUUUUUGGUCUUUCGGGUGGACGUAUACUGCGAGAUGGAGGGGAAAAUUUUUAUUUUAUUUUGUAGUUUGGCAGCCGCUGCACUAGCCUUCCCCGCCCAAGACAGUAAAGUUAUCACAGAAUCAAAACCGGGUCAAGAAUACGUCUACGUCCAGUCAUCUGGAUCCGGGGCCAAGCCCAUUGCCCGCAAAGAAAAGAAACCAUUCGAAACAGCCCAUAAAAUCCCGCCGAGUUUAACCUUCGCCCUAAACGAUGAUGAUGAUGAUGAUGACACUCCAGAAAAGCUUGUGAAACCCACCAAACAAGUCGGGAAAAAGGUGCAUAAAAGACAAGCGGCAGAAUCGCCCGCCCCAGCUCCUCCAGGUGCCAUCAAACUGAGCAUAGCAAAACUAUUGGAGAAGUACAAGGAUGAUAUUAAGACUUCGACCACCGCCCGUCCUGCCUCCACAACCACUAAAGCAAGCAGCAGUAGCAGAAGAAGAGGCGCCAAGAGGACUAGGUCCAGACGUGAAGCUGCACCAACAAGUGAAAGACCUUCACUGACCACAUCCAAGAUUUCCCCUAAAAGUAUUGACAGCGAUGUAGUGGGUUCGGCCAGCGAGAAACAAAGAUCCAGAAUUCAGAUUAAAAAAGGACCCAAUGGACAAGAGUAUGAAUAUGAAUACGUGUAUUACUACUACGAUGAUGAGGAUGAGCCAAAAACAAAGGAUGAAGCCUCCAAAAACUCCAUAUCUAGAAACGAUAAGAACCGAGAAAAAGCAACCCCGGAGGCCAACGAGGUCCUACCAUCUAGAACCAAAUCCAGAAGCAGACAGUUGGGCGAAGAAGACUCCGUGCAAGAGGAACGCCUUCCUGGUAACACUAGGUUCCCCCCCAGAGGUCGAAACCUAAACACCACCCCAGCACUCCCCGAAGAACCCAAAUCGACUACAGCCAAAACCAGAGGCAGACGACCAACCGAGGCUCCUGAAGAAGACAACGUUUCCGACGAAACUCAGGGUUCGAGAGGUCGUACCAGGGCCAACGUGCGCCGCCCCUCCUUGGAGCUGGUGGACAGCGAGAGUUUCAACACCCACUCGGCCGCCCCCCAGUCUCCCAGUUUCCCCGCCCAAUUACCCGCCGGACCGGUACGUUUUUUGGGAGCCACCCCGAACGAGUUCUACGAUCUCCCAGAAGAACCUGCUGAUAAACCGGAAACACCGAAAGAACCUGCUCCCGUUGCCGAAGAUGCUGAAGAAACGUCCAAGCCCGAUGAGGAAGCUGAAGAAGCCGCCACCACCAUCACAGCUCCCACGUCAGGGAUGAACAAGGUGGCAUUAGAUCUUUACGCCAUCUCCCAAGGCACCCAGAAACUCUUCGGAGAAGAAACCGACGAAGAAGAUAAAAGCGAAACCAUUACCACAGACUCAUCGUCCACCGAAGAGAUCACUACUACUUCAACUACAACCACCACAACUACUACUACCACCACCACCACCACUACGACCACUCCAGCACCCACGACAACCACAACAACCACUACCACCGAAGCUCCCACUAAAGCAAGUAGAUUUGGUGGUAGACGCACUCCGAUCGGCAGUAGAAAAGUCUCCACUACAACCACCACAGAAGCUCCAGCAGCACCUGCGGAGGGUAAACCGAAGAAGUUUGGCAGGCCGAGUUUUGGUGGUAGAAGGGCCAAGCCCACGCCCGCCCCUGCUGCCGAGGAGGAAGCCAAGAAAGAGGACAGUAAACCUGCGAGUCAAGCGAAACCCACAAGGUCCAGAUUUGGUGGUGGUUCCAGAACAAGAGGGUCGAAAACAACUGCUGCUCCCGAAGAAGCUCACAAAGAGGAGUCAAGCAGCGCGGCUCCAUCUAGCGGAAGACCGUCCCUUACCAGGCCCAGGCCUUCCUUUAACAAUUUGAGAGGAAGAGGUAGAAGCACUACUGCCGCACCAGCAACUGAAGAAGGUUCUGAUUCGGAAUCAAGCUCUUCUGAGCCAGUCAGCUCGACUACUGCCCGUCCUGCAAGAAGAAUUGCCGGAGCUACUGCCAAUAUCAAACCACUAAGGCCAGGACCAAGGAUCAAUUUGGCGGGUAGAAGGGGUGCCAGCACCACUACCACCACCGAAGCUAACAAGGAAGAAGAGGAUCAUCACGUUACUGGAGAUGAAGAGGAGACUCACGAUGAAGCUGCUAGUGAAAAGGAAGAAGCUCCAGCCCCCGCACCCGUAGACAACAGCCCCCUGGGCCGCCUACGUAACAAAAACCGCCUCAACGUUCAACCGAAGGCGGCAAAAUCGGCGGCGGCAGCAAGUGCGAGCGCCACCGUACAAGUGAGGAGGGUGAACCCGCUUUUGAACAGGAGGAGGCCUGGACAGACCACCGAGGCACCCUCCAGUGAGGCUCCUAGUAGCGAAGCUACCGAACCAGAAGCUGAAGAACCAGCGGCAGAAACAGAAGCAGUACCGAGCUCCAGCACGACCACCGAAGAACCCAGAGGACUUAACAAACUAUUGGCUGGAAGAAGGCGGCUUGCACCAAGAGUACCGGGCACAAUAAACCACAAAUAAAAGGCUGAAUUUUUCUGGGAGGGCCUACUUUUCACGAUUUUUCUAUUUAUUUUUUUUUUAUUGUGUUAACUGUGUUGACAGGGCCUGAGUCACCUGUAUACCGAGCUGUGAAUAAUUACGUUUGCACCAACAUGAAAAAACCAUUUUUAUUGUGUAAAUAUAUAUGGACCAUCUUUAGAAAACUAUUUUGAUAUUUAGUGAUUUUUUUAGUGUUAGAAUGUUAGUUUUAGUAGUUUUAUUGUGCAGGCCUGACGUAUAGUGCCAAUAUUCAGUUUUAAAUUUAUCCCCUAAACGAAAUAUUAUUUAUUAUUUGGUAUAUAUCUAUUUUUCUAUGUUAUUCUGGCAAUUUGUAAAUACCUACUUACAUGUGAGAUAAAAGGAUAAUAAAAUA